GAUAUUGUACUCAACUAGCCUCAACUUCUUCUUUGGAAAGCCGCAUGUGACAACAACUGUGGCUGUUGCACGAGCGUUGCCAACCCUGAUGGAAUGCUCUUGCGUCAGCUCUGACAAAUAUUUCUCAGCAGCACGGAGCUUCGGUGAUUGUGCAGCCUUUUGUGCUGCCCAGAAGUUUCCUCGGUUCCACUACGAAACUACUGCUGACGCUACAGGCACCUGUGCUUGUUGCACCUUCGGCGGUAUACCCGGUACGGAAGCAUCCACUGGCAGUGUGUAUACUUACGCUGACAAUGCUACUGUAGUAGUGGAAACUUCACAUGGUAUGGCACCAUGCUUCCUUCCACUCCUUUCUCUAAUGUCUUUGUCACUUCUGUGA